AUGCCUAAGCUUAUGUCAGACCUUCGUCUUUUAAUUAGCCAUGGUCCAAUGUCAAUGAGUAUUUUCAGUGUAAAAUAUCCGGAGCAAACAUUUUCGAAUUUAAAAAACCAAACAUACAAGUUUUUAUGGUUUCAAGUAUUAAAUGACACAUUAAAUGUUUUGAAACGACAACGAAAAUCUAAGCAUGACAUGUUGCAUGAAUGUUAUCUGUACUAUGCAAAUAAUGAAGUUGAACAGAAAAAAAUUGCUAAAUUUACGUCAACAUAUACGUUGGAAUCAGCAAUAAAUUGGUAUACACGUGAUGCAUUUGUUUAUCGUUUAAUCAAUAAAGCAUUUCGUACAAAAGAUAUUGAUACAAUAUUUAAAUUUCGUUUUUUUUAUUAUUGA